AUGUUAUCCCUUUUGCAGUUAGUGUGCUUUGCUCUGUCCCUGCUUUCCUUCAUAUCGGUGUUUUACUCGGUGGGAAAGCUGGGUCUCUUCCUGGCAACGCCCCUCCAGGCAGAGCAAUCGACAGAUGCGUUUCCCAACGAGCAGUCUUCGCUUCGUGCGGCACUGUUUUCCCUGUUUUUCAACUCGAUCUGGGUGGUCCUGUUUGUGCUGCAGCACACGCUCAUGCGGGCAUCGGCGGUAAAGCGUUUCUGGCAAACCGUUGGGCUAGAGCUGGCGGAACGAAGUGUCUAUAACAUCGCGUCUUCCUAUUGCUUGCUGCUGCUGUUGAAGAACUGGAAAACGGAUCCGACUCAGUUCCGUCUGUGGUUCUUCGAUGUGGAAGACAAUAAGCUGCUCUGGUGGGUCAUCACGGGGGCGCACGUUCUAUCGUGGAUCGUCGUCUACGGAGGCAGUCUGAUGGUAGAUCUGCCGGAACUGAUCGGUCUGAAACAUGUGCACUACGCCAUCAACGAUCUGGCCCCGCCGAUGUCGUACAAAUCACGCGAAUUGCAGGACUACUAUCAGCGCUAUCGGCACCCGUCGUUCAUCGGCCUGUCGACCGUCCUUUGGCUCACCAACGGAAUGACCCUGGAUCGUUGCGUUCUGGCCACCAUCUGGACUGUGUACAUGUAUCUGGGCUGGAACACGACAAAGCUCGACUUGCAGUACCACCGGCACCAGCUGAAGAGCAAACGUGCCGAGCUUGUUGAAGUGACCAAGUGA